AUGGCCACGACCACGAUGGAUGGGACCGCGACUUCGGCCGUCAUGACGCCUGCGAUGCAAAUCAAAGUCCUGGGCCCGCCGGAGAAGCAGGCCUCCGGGCGCGCCUACGAUGUGCCAAGGAUUCAGACGAUCGAGGCCUUGGAGGCCGGGUAUCUUCGCCAGACCUCGGCGGAUGCAUCGACUUUCCUCCCCGUGCAGUCGGACUGCCACCCGGAGGAGCUGCUGCGAGACCAGUUUACACCAGAGGUCUCGUCGUCGGUUUCAACCUGGGCUAGUGAUCAUGGACCCAAGCAAGAGGAGGAGGUGGCUUCGCAGCCAGAGAGGGAGAUCGUGACUUCCGUGGAGAACUGGUUUGAUGUCAAUCAGCUCCUUGGGCACCGAAAGAAGGACCGCGAAUCCUCUGCCAGCAGGCGAGCGCAGAGGAAGGAAGAAAGUGAGAUCUUGACGACUGUGGACGAUUGGUUCGAUGUCGGCAAGCUCUUCGGCUGCUUCGCAGCCCGGGAAGGUCAUUAA